AUGUCAGCAGGUAUCCCAGUACGACUACUAAACGAAGCCCAGGGCCACAUAAUAACAAUCGAACUUACAAAUGGCGACACAUACCGAGGUAAAUUGUUGGAAAAUGAAGAUAAUAUGAAUGCAUCAUUGUUUGACGUUACCAUAACCAAUGGUCGCAAUGGAUCAUCAAAACAUAUGGAUCAAGUGUUUGUAAGAGGCAGUAUGAUUAGGUUUGUUUCAGUACCGGAUAUAUUACGACAUGCGCCAAUGUUUUAUAUGAAGCCUGGCGAUAAACCGAAGCCGCCAAUUAGAGGACCACCUAGAAAACGGAGAAAGUAUUAG